CGCCCUCCUAUCACUGGCCUGCCCACUCCUGCUCACGGGGACCUCACUUCUUACCUUGUCCCUGGGGAGCCAGCCUGGCCCGCGGGAUGUCACUGCUGGAGGCCGUCAUCUUCUCAUCUCUCUGGGCCUUUGGCCUUGGGCAGGGGAACCUGGAACAACCUGAAAUAUCAAUUUCCAGAGCAAGGGGGAAGAGUGCACACGUAUCGUGCAAGAUCUCCACUGAGGUCAUCGACAGAGCCAUACACUGGUACCGGCAGAAGCCAGAUCAAGAGAUAGAACAUCUAACACUCGUCUCAACACAGCCCGUUCGAGUUUCUUUAGGAGGGAAGAGCGACAAACUUGAGGCAAGUAAAAACGCUCACACUUCCACUGCAACCUUGAAAAUAAAUUUCUUAGAGCAAGAAGAUGAGGCCGUGUACUUCUGUGCCUCCUGGGGCUGGAGCCACAGCACCAGAUGUGAUGAAUCAGGCUGGAUCAAGAUAUUUGCAGAAGGAACUAAGCUCAUAGUAACUCCCCCGGAUAAAAGCCCUGAUGAAGACACUUCCCCCAAGCCCACGAUUUUUCUUCCUUCACCUGCUGAAAGAACACUCCAUAAGACUGGAACAUAUCUUUGUCUUCUUGAGGAUUUUUUCCCUGAUGUUAUCAAGGUAGAUUGGAAAGAGAAAAAUGGCAAAACAAUUCUGAAAUCCCAGCAGGGAAACACCAUGAAGACUAAGGACACAUACAUGAAAUACACCUGGCUGACUGUGACAGAAAAGUCAAUGGAUAAAGAACACACAUGUAUUGUCAAACACGAGAAGAAUAAAGGAGGGGGUGAUCAAGAGAUUCUGUUUCCUUCAAUAAACACAGAACUCCCUGCUAUUAAUUCUACAGAAGCUUUGCUGAAAGAUGAAAAUGACCCCCUACAGCUGCAGCUUGUGACCAGCUCUGCCUACUACACCUACGUCAUCCUCCUCGUCAAGAGCGUGGUCUACACCAUCAUCAUUGCCUACCGUCUGCUUGGGAGACCAGCACUCUGCCGCAAUGAGAAGAGUUCCAACACAUGGUGACCCAAGGCUCCACUUUUCUUUACUGGCUACUGUCGCUAGCGGUGUCUGCUGAGGCUCUAGCGGGGCUUUCUUUCUGGGUGUGGGUUAUUUCAGUUCACAUGUCUUUUUCUAUGUGUCAUCAUUGCAGAACAGGCUUACAAACUGCCAGGCAAACAGGAAAUGUCACUCUGCACCAAGAACAGACUCUGCCACGAGUCAGGGGCGGGGCCGGGGGGCACCCACGGGGGCUUCAGCACCGCUCUCUCCUUCACACCCACCAGCCCGUCAGCCACCCAGCACCCUCGCCUCUGAGUACAGCCGGCGUGCAGCUUCCAUCGCGGCCCCUGGGGCUCUGUAUCCAGAUAACUGCCUGGAGGCCUUUUCUUUUACAUACAUGGAAGCCUUCAUCCUUGCUGCCUGAACUUUGUGCUGUCUUUCAUAAUAGGCACAAUAAAAACAAUCAAAAGCCUG